AUGGAAUUUAUAAGUUUAGGAAGUUGGUCCCCGAGCUCCUCUCCAGACGACGGCGACGACGAGGGGGGUUCCGGGCCCCCGCCGCUCAAGAAGCAGCGCAAAGCCCGCACCGCCUUCACAGACAACCAGCUGCAGACGCUGGAGAAGAGCUUCGAGCGGCAGAAGUACCUGAGCGUGCAGGACCGCAUGGAGCUGGCGGCCAAGCUCAGCCUCACCGACACGCAGGUCAAGACGUGGUACCAGAACAGAAGCGCAUCACAUUGCGGUUGUCGUUUUUCCCCGAAUUCAUCACUUGCGACGGCGAUGUUUGUCGGCGAAAACGCGACGGAGGACGACGCCUCCGAGGCCGCCGGGCGUUCACUCCGGCCGCCCCAGCGCAGUGACACCACGGCGGCCGUCAGGAGGCCCGGGUCCGUCACGCCUGACCCGGGAUCACGGACCACGGCGCAGUCACGUCCUCGAAGCCACAAAGGAACACCCAUCGUUCCCAGGGCCAUUGCAAAACCUACAUAG